AUGAGAACUCAUCGGGUUCUAGCGACCUUACACCUUGCCGUGUCCUCUGUCCUGGGGAACUCAGGCCCCGUUGUGAAACUCUCCGCCGGUACCGUUCACGGAGGAAAAUGCUCCAAUGGGCAGACAAAUUUGUUCGAGGGCAUCCCAUAUGCUCAACCUCCCGUCGGGAAGUUGAGGUUCAUGCCGCCACAACCACUCAAAGAUUCAUACGACGGAGGAUCUCUGGAUGCUACAAAGGCCCCUCCAAUUUGCAUUCAGUUUCCUUCAAGCCUCGAUGUAACCGACCAGCCGGCUUCUGAAGAUUGUCUGUACUUGGAUGUCUAUGUUCCCUCCAAUGCCACCUCUAACUCAGCGCUGCCCGUCAAGGUCUGGGGAUAUGGAGGCGCUAAUGAGGCUGGUUCGCUUUCCUACCCGCUCUACAAUUCCUGCAACCUGGCACAAGAUGCCAUUGUCGUAACCUUCAACUACCGACUAGGUUCUCUAGGCUUUCUUGGCCUCGAGACCGCCGGGAUCAAAGGAAACAUGGCUAUUCAAGACUACCUAGCUGCACUUCGAUGGGUCAAGUCUAACAUCGCUGCGUUUGGCGGUGAUUCCUCAACUGUUGUACUGUUUGGUCAAAGCGCUGGUGGCGACGAUACAUUUACAGUUUCAACCCUGCCAGAGGCGAAGUCACUCAUCUCUGCUGCGAUUCUAGAGUCUGGAGGAGGCCAGGACUUAACAUCAAAGUCUCUUGCCCAGUACUGUGGAGAGAGUUAUGCUACGACGCUGAAUUGCAGUAUUCAUGAUUCGGUUGCGGAACUCAGGGAAGCGUUUACGACUACCCCGGCACUUCUCGAUCCCAGCCUGAAUGGCGACAACCUUGCGGCAAUCUAUGGCUUUAACUUGCCGAACAUCACGAAUCUGAAUUCUGCAAUUCUGGAUGGGGAGAUCAUCAAGGAAGAGCCUCUGAAGGUUGGAUCUCAAGUGCCUAUUAUUGGAGGAUCCGCCGAGUUAGACUCUUCACUCUUCGUCCUUCCAGUUUUUCUGGGAACCGGCGAGCCCAUAACAGAAGCUAAUUACACGGAGUUUCUGGCGCGAUGGGGCUCCCUGGGUCCUGUUAUUGGUAAAGAGUACCCCCUCUCGCUCUUCAAUGCCUCGGGCUCGACAGAAGAGGCCGUGAUGGCGGCGAUCACCCACAUUGCCACUGUUUCUAGCUACGGCUGUCAAACAUACCGAGCCCUUCGAGCUGCCGUUGCUGCAGGCACGCCAACUUUUGCCUAUCGGUUUGAUCACACCCCUUCCUUCCCUUGGUUAUGGAUCAACGGCACUGCAUUCCCCGGAAAAUAUGCCAAAUAUUUCGGGGCUACUCAUACGUCAGAAUUGCCCUUCGUCUUUGGCAAUCUUGACGACCAGCCUUGGGGUAAUGGCACUGCGAAUGGCACCACCGUCGAGAGGGAAAUGAGUCGUACCUUGAUAGAGGCUUGGACCGCUAUGGCUGCGAAAGGAAACCCAUCGACUGUGCGCCAGCAUUGGCCUCGAUUUGGCAAAUGCCAGGACACGGGUCUUUACAUCCAGGAUGGUUUCAAGUCUACGUCUCUUGACUUCACCGAGUGCCAGUUCUGGGAUGCAAUCUGGGCUAAACUUGGAGCUUACAAUGUCCCUUGGCCAUCAAAGACGGAAUGCCCUUCAAACUCCACGGGCUCCUCUGCCCCUACCAAGAGUGUUGGAACUGUGGGCGCGUCGGCCACCGGCACACCUGACUCUUCGCCAUCCGCCCCGACUCAUAGCACGAGUGUAGCAGGAAGAACAGUGGAAAGGUUUGGUAUGGCUGGGGUUUUCUGCGUAGUUGCAAUCGCUCUUGCGGUUUAG